CUCGUCAUCGUCAGGUGAUUUGAGACGCCACCCUACCCGUGACGUCGGCAGGCCCGCGCGCAACCGCUACCGGUGGAAAGAAGAUGGUGCUCAUCAAGGAAUAUCGCGUGGUUUUACCCUGCUCGGUGGAAGAAUAUCAGGUUGGCCAGCUGUUCUCUGUGGCUCAGGCCAGUAAGAAUGAGACAGGUGGAGGCGAGGGCAUUGAGGUGCUGAAGAACGAACCGUAUGAGAAAGAUGGGGAGAAGGGACAAUACACACACAAAAUCUAUCACUUAAAGAGUAAAGUUCCAGGUUUCGUGAAGAUGAUCGCACCAGAGGGGGCUUUAGUUUUCCAUGAAAAAGCCUGGAACGCUUAUCCGUACUGCCGCACUAUUGUCACUAAUGAAUACAUGAAAGAUGACUUCAUGAUUAAAAUCGAAACGUGGCACAAACCUGACACGGGCUCAUUAGAGAAUGUACACGAACUGGAUCCCACCACGUGGAAGACGGUGGAGGUUGUGCACAUUGAUAUAGCCGAUCGCGCUCAAGUUGAACCUGGGGACUAUAAACAGGAUGAAGACCCGGAGAUCUUUCAUUCCGAGAAAACGGGCAGAGGACCUUUAGGACCAGACUGGAAGAAAGAGCUGUUGGCUAAACCGGACGUCCCUCGUAUGUGUGCGUACAAACUAGUCACCGUCAAGUUUAAGUGGUGGGGCCUUCAAACCAAAGUAGAAAACUUCAUCCACAAGCAAGAGAAAAGAAUCUUCACCAACUUCCACCGUCAGCUCUUCUGCUGGAUUGACAGCUGGGUGGAGCUCACCAUGGCGGACAUCCGCCGGAUGGAGGAAGAGACACAGAGGGAGCUGGAAGAGAUGCGUAAGAAGGGCUCCGUACGAGGAACGACCGCGGCCGAGGAGUAGCCGAAUCCUUUUAGUAACGCGUGACAGGUGGAGUGACUUUCUUCGUAAAACCGGUCAGGUUAGAGGCACCAGUGCUGCUCACGAACAAUGAGACAAAACUAAAGAAUCCAACCACAGCGACGCUUGUCGAGACGUCACCGCAUCCACACACACCGGCCAGUGGGGGCGCCGUCCUCACACUGAAGAAUGACGCAAUGAUCAGUGAUACCGAACGAAACUCACGCCUGCCGCAGGGUGGAAAACGCUUCACGCUGGAUGGGAUUUUGACUGUUUACUAAACCAUAGAGAGAAUCUCAGGCAGGUUUAUAAAACUGACUAUUACCACUUUUUUAGGGAGUUUUAGAAAUAUCAGAGUAUUGCUGUAUGGUUGUGUUAUUCUGUUUCUGAAAAAAAAAAUUGCCAUGCAUUGGACCAAUUAUUUGUUCUUAUGUUUUUUUUUUGUCAUCUGUUUAUAAUUGUUUGGAUCUUAAUUUUUUCUGUUGAGUCUUUUCCCCUAGAAAAAGCAUUUCUUUCAGUUUCUAGUUUGAUUUGUACAUUUGCAUUCGUUGUAUCAGCAUAGUCCUGCCUAUCAUGUCUUGUUUUUCUAGGAGAUGUUAUGCUAUUGCACGGUUGGAAAAUACAGGGGCUUUGUAUGAGCUCGGGCAUGUUAGUGGCUGUUUUCGAGAAGGCCUCCAUGUUCAAAAAGACCCUUCACAUGACACAAAGCGCUCUCUCUCAGGACUCUUAAGAUGAACAUGGUUUACCUCCCCAGAAUCCAGACUAAUUACCAGAGCCAUUGCCACUGCUGCUUAUAUAGAGCUGCUUUAAUACAGGUGAAGUGCUUUUAUAUCCCUAAUCUACCUGUAACGCUCUCAGGGUUCCCACGCUCGCAAAACCAGGGAUAUCCAGGCCUGAAAGUCAUAGGGAAUUUAAAUGAUUCUGUUCAUUGCGAGUGCAAUUGCUAGAAAAUGAGUUUUAAAACGCUUAUCCAGUAACGUUAGUCAUGAAUGUGAAAAGGUGUGGGAACCCUGUGCUUUGUGCAUAGAUGCCUGUCAAAAAAGCCGACUUUAAAAAUGCAUUGAAUGACGCUUGAUCUGUAGAUAAGACUGUAUCAUAUCAGGUCAGAGUUGAGAGGUUUGAUUCUAACUAACCUCUUCAUCUCUCCCCGACCUGCACCAGCCUGUCAAAAAACAAAAACAUUUGGCGUUUGCAUUGGUCGUGCAUGAUGUUGAACCCAAAGCGCAGGGCUGUUUUAACUUUAUUUAAAUGUUUGUGUUACCGGACUGUAAGCUUUUAAAGUGUACCAAAUGUACGGUUCUUGGUUCUAGUUUUUGCUCCCCAGCAGUGGGAGAAUUGUAAUUUGAUUCAGUUUUUAUCGAAUGUCGUGGCCAGUGCAUUAGUAAUUAUUUUAAUGAUGAUGUAGGCUUCUUUGGACGACUGAAGUUUGCACUGUUGGAGGCAGACUGGUGCCUGAUACCUGUUUUAACAUGCUUCUGCAAUUCUGAAUAUCAGCAAAAUCUCAGCGCAUUGUGUUUAGUUACCAUAGACUUACACAUUUGUGAUAGAUUUAAGCCUUUCUAUGUGCAAAAUGGGGCUUCUGAGAUGUUCUCCACACUCUGGGAGUUUUAUAUGGAUAUAUUAUGGAGUUUUUUAACAUUUCCCAUUAUAAGGUCCACAAAUGUUCACGUAAUCGUGCGGCGUGUCGUAUGAUGUCAGGUUCUUUGACGGCACGCUAGCUCAGAAAUCAAUUUUCGUGUGUCCACGUUUGUUUUUAUCAAAAAUGUAAUGUGUCCUGGGUCUUCUGUUGGGGGUGCUGUUAGCAGGAAGUCAAUGUUUUCAUGUUAUCAUGUUAUCACAAUCAUAAUUGUUGAACAAUCGGUGCACUGAUGUCUGUGUUUACUUACACACGUGUACAGAAUACUGUCUCGAGUUUCAGAUUGUGUGGUUUACAUUUGUAUGCGUACAUGACUUUUAGGAUAGCAGGUCAUGUGGAUGGGCACGGCAGGUUUCAGAUACAAUGAAUGAGUCACAUAUUGCAAUGUAAACAACACAGAGAAUCUACUGUUUUUCUUGGGAAUUAUACGAUGCUUUUGUUUUUCUGAGAAUCAGGGGAAAUAGUGAAUGUACAAUGGUGGGAUUUUCUUUCUUUUUUGCAGCUAUUGAAUUAUAGAAGUUUAAUGAUUAACAAUACAUCUAAUAAAUUUUGACACCUGUCGUACUUUUCUGAA